AUGUCGAGAUCGUGGAUUUGCAUUGCAUUUGGUACCUUAGCGUUGUUCUUGUUCGCGUCGGCCUUUGCGGAUGAGGUCGUAGUACUCACUGAGGACAACUUCGAGAAAGAGGUGGGUCAAGAUCGCGGCGCUUUGGUCGAGUUUUACGCACCAUGGUGUGGGCACUGUAAAAAGCUUGCUCCAGAGUAUGAAAAGCUUGGUGCGAGUUUCAAGAAGGCUAAAUCUGUUUUGAUUGGCAAGGUUGAUUGUGAUGAGCACAAGAGUCUGUGCAGUAAAUAUGGAGUUUCUGGAUAUCCCACCAUCCAGUGGUUUCCUAAGGGGUCUUUGGAGCCCAAAAAGUGUGAGAGUGCAAGAACUGCUGAAGCCCUUACUGAAUUUGUAAACAGUGAAGCAGGGACAAAUGUCAAGAUAGCUGUAAUUCCUUCGAGUGUUGUGGUUCUCUCUCCAGACAACUUUGAUGAGAUUGUUCUUGAUGAAACAAAGGACGUCCUUGUUGAAUUCUAUGCACCCUGGUGUGGUCAUUGCAAAAGCCUUGCUCCUAUUUAUGAAAAGCUAGCUACAGCAUUCAAGCUGGAAGAUGAUGUGGUCAUUGCUAAUAUGGAUGCUGACAAGUACAAGGACAUUGCAGAGAAGUAUGGCGUAAGUGGUUUUCCUACAUUGAAAUUCUUCCCAAAGAACAAUAAGGCUGGUGAAGAUUACGAUGGUGGACGAGACUUGGAUGAAUUUGUAAGUUUCAUCAAUGGGAAGUGUGGAACUAGCCGUGACGGAAAAGGACAAUUCACUGAUAAGGCCGGUAUAGUUGAGGCCCUUGAUAGCUUGGUGAAAGAGUUUGUAAGUGCAUCAAGUGAGGAUAAAAAAGCUGUAUUCAGUCGAUUGGAGGCGGAAGCCGAGAAACUAAAGGGAUCCAAUGCAAGAUAUGGGAAAAUCUAUGUGAAAGCUGCCAAGAGCUGCAUGGAAAGAGGUUCUGAAUAUGCUAAGAAUGAGAUUCAGCGGUUGGAACGCAUGCUUGCCAAGUCAAUUGCCCCGGCGAAGGCUGAUGAUUUCACUUUGAAGAAGAAUAUUCUUUCAACCUUUGCUUCUGACCAGUGA